AUGCAAUCUGAAUUAUAUUUAUUAGAAGAGAAAGCUAAGAAAGCCACACUAACUGAGCUUAAGGCUAAGAAUGCAGAACUUAUAACCGAGAAAGCUAAACUUGAGACCAAAAAUACAAAAUAUAUAAAGCUUAAGGAUGAGACUACAAAGCUUAAGACCGAAAACACCAAACUUUUAAAACAAAUUAUAGAGAAAUAUGCUAAAAAUAAGGCUAAUAUAGUAAAAUUAAAAACUAGUUUGCAGUAUCCAAUCCUCUUGGAGCGUAUUAAAGUGACAAUUCUUGAGCUUAAAGCAAGAAAUGCAAUAUUAAGACCAAUUAUAGAGGAAUUUGCGAAGAAAUCGAAAUAUAGCCAUCUUUAUCGUCCUCCUUUCUUAGAUGGAUUAGAGUUUGAAGUGCAAGGAAGACAACACCGGUUUCAUAAUACUAGUUGGUAUAAGGAUGUUAAAAAACUCGAAGAUAUUGUUAAUCGUGAUCGUCUAAAAAAAUGCUUUUGUCAAGAUAAUAGAAUCUUCCUUCUUGAG